AUACCUUACUGUUCCACUCCAAAAACAGGAUUUAUCGCGUGUGACGACAAUAGACUGAUUAAUCGGGAGGACUUCAGAGGAGUUCCCGCUAGAAAUGAAAAGGUAAGAUCACGUUUUCCCGAAACAGUGCUGGCCAAAAUUCAAGAAAGUUUGAAAAAGAAUUACAGGAUAUCGGCUAGCACCAUAUUCCUCGAUGUGGUUAGGCGAUUGGAAGAGGAUGAUGAAGCGUUCCUAUCGACUCUCAGACGCUCUUCCGAGCGAUGGCUUCCGAUGCUAUUCAGAGCGUGCGGAAGUGCUUCAUCCAACGUACCGAACUCAUCACGGCAACAGAUUUUAGCUCGAUUAUGGAAACAAAUAGAUAGCAAAGGCACGAAAUUGGAGCCUGAUCAGCACACUUUUGAAAUUCUUCUUAACAAUAUCGCUCGUAAGGGAAAUGCGGAGGGAUGUCGAGCAAUGGUCUAUGAAAUGGCGAGGCGUGGAUUUAUAUUAAAUCAAGCAUGCAACGAUGCCCUGGUCUAUUGCUUUGCAGUAAGAGGACAUUACGCCAAAGCUGAUUCCCUCGCUGAGGCACUAGGCAAAUAUGGUGCAGAUGCUGUCUCCAGUUCUCAAGGGGCAUGCGCUAAAGCUGCUGCCGCACGUGCGGACUUGAAUCGUCUGAGGACGGUUUUACGACGAGCAGUCAUGGGUGAAGAGCGUAAACUCAUCCUAUCCUCCUCCGAUGUGCUCGAGACCAUCUGGUUAUUGGCGGAAAAAAGUCGCUAUGGAGAUGGAGCAGAAUACGUCAAUCUAACAGAACAGAUGCUCAACCAUACCAAUCACCAGUCGGGAUAUUUUCGCAUGCUAAUCCGCGAAGUCGAACGCCAUAUCAGCCAUCAACACUACUAUACUGCCAUUGCCCUUCUGGAAGACACCAACAAAAUAGUCGAUUGUCUAAGAAAUCAGCAAAAAUCUUUAUUUCGGGAUCAAAUGAUUUCCCAACUCAGUAGGCAAGUGAUUCGUAAUGAGGUGAGCGUUGUGAAACUCAACGAUAUAGCCAACCGUGUGGUCGCCGUUUUCAAAAACCAUCCAAACAUCUUUUCAAAGAUAUUGGAUGUAUGGACACCACGAAUACACGACGAUUUGCUUUUCGCAGCGGUCAUGUACAAGAACUUCAGUAUGGAUAAAAGGAUGGAGUAUGUCAGUGCAUUAUUGGAUAUGGUCGAUAGAGAUCGUACCCGUCCUCAUUUGAUCCUGCCCCUUCUUGCAAGUGCUGACAACGUGGACGAAAGAUUGAAAAUAAUUUUUCGUUGUUGCAAUGCCGGAUAUAAGGAUUUGUCGGAAUUGGAUAUUUCUGCAUUGUCCCAUCUCGUCUUGCAGCCACUCUACGGUCGAAUAACUCGUGGGGGUCAAUCUAAGCUGGACAAAUUUGCGAGGAUUCUGAGAAGCUUUGGUGUUAGCAAUGAAUCCGUUUGGAAAACGAUGUAUGCAUGGUGGCAGGAUCGUGAUGGUUGCGAGAAACGAAUGGCCGAUCUGAGCUCAGCACCCCGACCAUAUGCAAGCGAUUUGCAACUAUGGUUGCGCCAACACUAUGCGGAAACAUUUGAGGUUGAAAAAAGGCUCAAAGCAAAAUUACCUCCAAUUCAGGCCACUUAUGAGAAACUGAAGAAGUUUGUGGAUGAAAGGGAUUCUUCGAAAGUUCACGCUUUUCUGACAUCUUACGGUUGGCCAGAAAAGACUGACUUUGAGGAAAUCAUUCCUGAUGUGUUGGGGCUGUAUCUGGAUCAUGAACCGUGGGGAAAUGUCAAGAGGAUGCUCAUAUCUCUGUGGCAGAAGGAGGAUGAUCCUUCCUAUUCUCCCAUCAAAAAUUAUCACUUGUUACAAGUUUUACGAAGAUUUUCGAUUGAAGGCGAUGAGAUUUCUCUACCGAACAUGACCAAUUACGCAUUCGAACUGCGGAGGUUAUUCCCAGGAGCUGUUUCCAAAUAUGAAACGUUCUUCAAUUCGAUGCACGAAUACAAUCGACUAUUCGGAAAAUGCUUCGAGGUGAGCGAAAGGCUUCCAAAUCCGUCCGUUGAGAUGAUUGAUGAAUGUAUCGAUUUCCUGCGAACUUUGAUCAAACUGGAAAUUCUUCAGUUGCAUCCGAAUGAGACUUUAACAUGCGUGUUUAUUGGCCACGUUCUCAAAAAAUUGGGCUGGGAAGAGGCGGUGAAUACGUGGAUGAAAUUUCAGUCAGGAUUAUAUUGCUCGAAUGGCAUAGUCGCACUAUUACUGUACUGUCUGGCCCAGAAGUCUGAUAAUUCCAAGCGAAAUAUACAGUACGUUUUGCACAAAGCGCAGAACUUCUUGCAUCAGUCCCGAGUUCACUGCCUUUACGCAGCUGUGCUUGUUGCAAAACGUCAGUAUGAAGAAGCGGCUACUUUUCUCGAAGAGCACAAGGUAAUUGAUCCACUAGAUUGUGUUAUGGCCAUGCGUUUCAUGAAUUCAUUCAAGGCAAGAAUGGUAAGUAUCGAUGAAGAAUUCAUAAGGCAAUUCGCAGAGCUAUGCCUUAAACAUACAAAGUUUGUUGAGGACGCAGAAGCGAUACGACAGAUGCAGGUUGACUGGAUCCGUACAUGUGAACAAAGGAAACUAGCACCACUUGGGUUACGAUUGUACGAUUUGUUCAAACGUUAUGGAGUCAAUCUGGAAAACGACGAAAAAGUUCGCUUAUGGGAGCUUGUAGGAGAGCAUGAACUCCUAGCAAAACGUUGGAUUUACGAGCCGGAAGGAUUCCUGAAAAUCCGCUCUGAUGACGAUUUGAUUCGUUCUACAGACAUAUGGCAGAUUCAACAAGUUCUUAAGAACGAGGUCUCAACACUUAGGAGUUCGGCCUCAUAA